AUGGCGGAAUACCCACAUGCAGAUUCCAUCCAGCCGUCCGUGUGCGCAAUCGGUAUCACUGGCGUGAAGAGGCUGCACUCAAACGCCAUGCGGAGCGCUUUCGUCGACAAAGCUCUUCCAGUUCUCAAUUCAGCUCACGAUCGGUUCCCUGUAUUGAGAGCGGUCCAAACAUUUCAUCACGUGCCUUCCCGGGCUAUCGCCUACGUGUUUCUGCAAACCCGGAUGAAUCAACUCUACCUUACCUCCCUCAUUCGUCGAACGCGUUUUCUCCUGCGCUAUCUUCAUCAUACGAAUCGCUUCAUCGCCAACGACCAAUUUUACAUAAUGGGCGGAGUCACGUUCGUAACCUACAUGUUCGCAGCCCAUCGUCGGAAAAGGAUUGCGGACACCAUUCUAGGGUCUCUUUGA